AUGGAAAAGAUGGCAGAUGUAGAUAAGGAAAUUGAUGUGGAGGCAAACUAUCAAUCAGAAGCAAGCACCGGCGAGAAACGCAAAAGAGACGGGAAAAGCGGGACGACCCAUUUACUCCGUCAUAUAAGUGAUGGGAUUUGUCCUAUUUUUAAGCAAGAGAAGAAGAACAAGUCACCAGCGCUGUUAAAUCAUACGAGAACAAACGGGUUUUCUGUCCCGUGGAAAUAUAAUCUAGGGCCGACCCAACAACCCGCUGAUGUUGAAGUUGAACUACUUCCGGAGGGGUUAACUAUUAUUGAACAUCAGGCAGUUAAAGAAAAACCAGACGACAAUGGAGUUCAAAAACAGACACCUUCAAGUGAAAAACUUCCUCAGCAAUCUGCAGUAAAAUCUCAUCCUAAAGUCGAGCCAUUGAUGAAUGAGGUAAGGGCUUGUCUAGCGAAACUUGCUGAGUUUACAAACAUAAAGAUUCCAAUGGGAUCCCUUACAGCGGCUCCUGUUUGUGCUACGGAAUACUCAAUAGCUACUGCUCUCAAGUGUUUGAAUGAAAUGGUGGAUAUCCCACAGUCGAGCGAUAUGUACUUGGAUGCUUUUGAGAUUUUGCAGGAUGAAUGUGAAAGAGAAUGUUUUAUUUGUUUGCCCCCUGAACCGCGCAGGAGAUGGAUGCAAAGGAUGUUGCACCGGCGUCAUCCUCUGAGUUACAGUUAUAGUAUUUAG